GGACGUGUACCAAUGGGACUGAUUUGAGAGAUCUGAAUCUAUUGGAUUUUCAGAGACCAUGCUGCCUGUAUCCUAACACGUGUGUCAACGCCAAAUUAGAGUUUCUCUGUAUACCGAGAAAAGAAAUUCUCUCAAACAUGAGCAACUGCUACAUGGAGGAAUUGUGCUGUGAAAAAGAUCUGCCAAAAACAAGCUUCACUGAUGCAACCUUCAUCGCAGCGACUUCUGUUGUAGCUAUUAUCAUCGUGAUUAUCACCAUUAGCUCCAUUUUCUACUACCGAUUACGGAAAGAGCAAGCCCGCAAAAUUACAUUGCCAAAGAAAGAGACUGAGCGAUUUCGAAGAGGAGAGCCCAUGAACAUCAAUCCCCCAUUGAGCCUCAGUGAACAAGCAGAUCUUCUGCCUUAUGACGAGCACUGGGAAUUCCCAGCAAAGAGGCUACGAUUAGGGGAGGAGCUUGGCCGGGGGACUUUCGGUAUUGUCAUUAAGGCCGUGGCUCGGGGCAUCAGGCCCUCCGAACCUGAGACAACAGUUGUUGUGAAGAAAAGCAAGCCUCACGGUGACCUCGUGCAUUUCAAGAAACUUAUGAUGGAAAUGAAGAUCAUGAGUCACCUUGGAAAGCACUUAAACGUGGUGAAUUUCCUUGGAGCGUGUUCAGAAAAUAUGGUCGAUGGUGAUCUGAUGGUCAUCGUGGAGUACUGUCGGCAUGGGAAUCUGGAGCAUCUUCUGAGAAAAUAUCGAUCAAACUUCAAGAAUGGAAUUGAUCAUCACACUGGUAAUAAAACCAAGAUUGGAGAGCAAUGUCUUCAGGCCGACGCUCACCUGCUUCCAGGAAGGGAACAUGGACAAGGAAUGGAAACGAAUAUCGGGAAAAAAGGGGAGAUCUCCAAAGGGAUCAAUCUCCUUGCGUCCUUCACUAGGGAAGAUCUGGUGUCCUGGGCCUACCAGAUAUCUCAAGGCAUGGAGUACUUGAGUUCACGAAAGCGCAUUUUGGAGCUGAACAAGUCAUACGAGGAAAUGAACGCCGAGCACUUCAAGGCACACCCAGACUACUUGCAACGAAUGGCACCAGGAGGAUUCGAAGAAGAAUACCUUCAGCCACGGGGAUUGACCCUGGAUUUGCAAAAGGAGUCAUCUGUAUUCGUCCCGGACAAUGACAAUCCCGAGUACUUCGAAAUAGAUGAGGAUUUCAAAUCGAAAAUCUUUAAUAACGUGCCAAAGAAUGAAAUACGGGACAGUCAAUACCCACGGAUGGAAACAGAUGAGAUACGGGGCGACACCUUUGAAUAGUACGGGAACUACAAAAAAAAAACAAGUUACCAAAUUAGAUUCAAAAUAAUAACUGCAUAUAAACUGUUGUCAUUUGACUAAAAAGUGACACGGCAUUUGGGGGUGAAAAUGACCGUGUUAAGCCUAGAGAGUUCUUAUGUAACCCUCUCUUGAUGAUAAGUUUGAAAUGAUUGCCCCACAAUCUCAAGAAUCUCCACAUAUGAAAGUAAUGGAAUGCACGGUACAGUGGGUCCGAAGAAAAAUUAAUGGUACAUGAUUACUUUUUUGCGCCAUAUACAAAUUUAAUGAAUUUUGUUGUAGCUGUUAGCAUGCGAAUGGAUAAAGCUUUCCAAUGCUGAAGAUUAUACGCAGAUCAAUGAUCUCAGAAGUGUGAUGUGAAAAGAAAACGUUUUCCUUAGUCAAAUUUGGACAAGCUGACGAACCACUGCAAAGAGUCUAAACAAAAGAAUCCGGCAAAGGAAGCACUCGAAGAAGCUAGUGAGUCACGAGUGUACUGCCGGGAUGCUCUUCAUUCUAUUGCUAGUUCUUGGGCAUUUGGCAGUGAAAAUUCCACAGGAAUCAUUGAAUAAAAGAACUUCUUGGCGACUCAUCUCUCUCAAUCUAUAAAACUAGAGCAGG